AUAUAUCUCGGAGAAGCUCCUCCCUUCCCCUUCAUAAAUCUUCCUCAAAUUCUCAAAUCCGCAAUCUGGCUCUUCUCUCUCAAGAAAAAUAAAACUAGGGUUUUUAAUCUCUCUGCUUCAAACGGUUCAAAGGCUUUUCUUUAGCAACUAAUAUAUCCAUUUCAUCAGUUAUCUGGAGUGCCUCUGAGAGGGUGAGGGUGUAAAUGUGACCACUGAGUUUAGUCGAGCAUCUUUGACUAAUUGAGCAUUUCAACCAAGACUACAUGGGACCAACAAAAAUGUCACGCAUGGUGAACAAGCGUACGUCUAAAGCUAGCAAAGAGUGGCCUGAUAAGGUUGUGACAAAUGCAAACAAAAGCAAGGUCAAAAAAAGGAAAUUGUCUGACAUGUUGGAUUAUCGAUGGAACAAGGAAGAGCUGAAACAAUUCUAUGCUGCAUUUCGCACGUAUGGUAAAAAUUGGAGAAAGGUGGCUGAAUUAAUAGGGAACAGGUCUAUAGACAUGGUGGAAAGUCUUUAUAAUUUGAAUAAGGCGUACUUAAAUCUUCCUGAAGGAAUGGCUACUGCAGAUGGAUUUAUAGCAAUGAUGACUGAUCAUUACAAUAAUCUUGAUGGUAGUGACAAUGAGUAUGAGAGGAAAGGUGCACCAUCAAAAAUUCUGAAGCCUGUAAAGUCUUCUUGUGCAAAACGUGAACUGGACAUAUUGAAACGAUCUGAUGGACCGUGCUUGCAAAAUCAAUCAGUGAAAUCAAGUCACGGGUGCAAGACAAAGAAGCAUUUACAAGCUUUCUUUACGGAUUGCUGGCCGCGUGCUGUUCAGAAAAGGACUCCUCGUGUUCCCAUAACUCAUAGCCAAGGUGAUGGGGACAAUUUUGUCUCAGCUAGUAAGUGCAUAUUAAAAUCGGCUCAUGAUGAACACACCCAUACUGAAGCAUUAACAUUAACAAAUGGUCCACAUGGUGGAGAUUCAAGUCUAAUUUCAGGGUUCCAACAAAGAAGUAAACUCAUUGAAAGUAUUAAGGAAAUGUGUGCUGAAACAGAUAUGACCAAUUCAAGUGACAUUAGUAAGAAGCCGGAUGACAAUUGUUUGGAAGGUUGCUCGGGAAGAAGGGAUGCUGAUAAUGGCCUUCUCGGAAACGAUAUCAGAGUGCAGGAUGCUGAUCGUAUUGAUCAAAGUGUAACUCAAUGCUCUGCCGUAGAUCCUCUUCAAAUCCUAGCAGAUGUGUCAUUAAACAUUGGGUUGGAAGGCUCUGCUUGUGAAUCUUUACAAGAGUCAUCUCUCCAUGGUGCAAAACAAAAAGGUGGAAAUGGUUUCUCUUGCCAUUUUAACAAACAUGGAUCACUAUCUGCAAACCCUGAAAAUGAUAACUCAAAGUUUUCAGUCCAAGGAGUUGGGGAGUUAUUUUCUGUUCAAAAGUCUAAUCUACCUGGAUCAGUCACAGGAUUUCACGAACUUGUUAACUCAAGAAUCUCAUACAGCAGGGAUACAGAGUAUUCUUCGACUGAUUUUAACAAGACUAAUGAGUCUGAAACAUUGUUAGCAAAUCCUGAAAGUCAUAAGCCCAAAAUCUUAGUGGAAGUAGAUCAAGAGUAUCCUUCAAGUGUUAGAUACGAUGAGAUCCUUUCGAAAGAAGCUAAACUGCAGCAGGUUAUAACCCCUGAUGAAAACACUGUUGGAAAAACUGUUUCUGAUGCAGAAGAGGCAAAAGGUCCACAUGUCACUAUGAUGGAGAAAAGUUUUGCUGAAAAUGUAAGAAAUAUUGCUGAAAUUGAGGGUCAUGCAUAUUCUUCUCUGGAUGAAAGUGAGAAAAAGGAGAAUGUUGGUCAAUGUCUUGGAAAUCAAAAUGGUAUUGCUGCUCGAUUCUGCGAAGUUUCUGGUAAAAAUCAAGAUGCAUGUUUUCAGGAGCGUGAAUUAAGGAAUCCUGCAAAGUUCAACGUGCUGCCAAAGGAGCUACAUGACAAGAUUGUUCUUGAUCAAAGUUUGGAUGCAAAUGGAAUCUCUCUCAACCCAUCUUUUAAACUUCUAUGCAUUACAUCAAUGAAGCAGGCGACGGGGGAGACUGUCAAUGCUAUAUUAAAGGCCACACCUUGUGCAGAUGAGGAAGUUGCUUCUUCACCGCAUAAAAGAUGCAGCCAACCUUGUAUGCUGGCAAAGGUCCAGUCAAGGGAAUCUGACAUCAAAACUAUUGCUGAUCUUACUCGCGCCCUGGAUAAAAAGGAAGAAGUGCUGAAAGAACUAAGACAGAUGAAUGAUGUUGUUUAUGGAAGAACAGAUGAAGCAUUAGGUGCGGAAUCUAACCAUGUCAUAGAGCAUUAUCGUAAAAUAGUUAAACUGCUGAAUGAGGUCAAUGAUGAGGUUGCUUCUGCUUCCUAUAAUCUGAGGCAGCGCAAUACCUAUAUUAAGAAUUCUACAGCUCCAAAGUUUAGCUUAUUGAAAGAUUCAACAGAAUAUGAUGGACUUCCUGGCACCCUUAGUGCAGAGUAUCUUUCUAGUCAAAAUUCAAGUUUGUAUAUAGAGGAAAUUGUUACAAAUGCUCGGGAGAAAGCAAGGACUAUGGUUGAUACAGCUGUAUUGACAAUGUCCUCACUGAAAGAAGGAGAAGAUGCUCAUAUUAGAAUUAGAGGUGCUUUAGAUUCUGCUGUCAAUGACCAGUCUGGACUUGAUUCCAAGCUAUUGGGAACUAGAUAUUCUUGCUCAGCCCCAUCAGCAUACCAGAACAGAGCACCAUCAUUUACAGCAACAGCCAAUGCACCCAAGGGAGCUUGUUUGUCCUCUGCAAAUGAGUCUGAGAUACUUUCUGCACUAAUGUCAGAGUGCAUAGCUACUAUGUUCAUGAUUCAGAACACUUCAGAGAGACGGUUUCCACCGGCUGACAUUGCACGGAUAUUAGAGCAUGCAGUUGAAAGCUUGCAACCUAGAUGUUCACAAAACCUUCCUGUCUACAGAGAUAUCGAGAAAUGCAUGGGCUACAUCAAGACUCAAAUGUUGUCACUUAUUGAAACACCAAAUACAAGCCUUCCUACAGGAAUCUCGGUUUAAUAAGCAACUGAAGUUUUUGGCCAAAUCAAAUAUUCUUCUUCUGUUCGUGGAAGAUGAGAUAUCUAACUUAUAACAAGAGUUACAAUACUUUUGUAGAAUAAUUGAAGGAUGAUGAUCAAUGAAUCUUUUACAGCUUUUGUUUCGUGUAAAUUUUGUCGCAUUUUGUUCCUGUAAAGCUAUGUUAGAUAGAUUAACCGUGUACAGAACUGAACUACGUGAAAUGAAAGUUUUCUUCAGUUUUGUA